AUCAUCAUCGUCCUUUACAGUCACUGCUGUCAGCUUCAGUGUGUGAAAUAGUGAUAUUAUAAUCGUGGUAUUCAGUAGGAAUAUAUAAUGUUGUAAUAUUUUAAUAUAAGUGGUCUGAAGGAACUUCUAGCACAAAAAUGUCAAAUCCGAAAGAAGAGGACAGAGAUUUAAAAGAUGCUGCACUUACAACUUAUUUACAAAACCUCAGAAUCUCAAUUGGUGGAAAGAGUGGGAAGUCUGAUAUUUUGCCUAGACAAAGAGAUGCUUUGUUGUGUGGUCAUCAAAUGCCAUCGAGUUACUUGAUUUCAUGGUGCAAGUUCAAUCUACAGCAGAAAAAGACUGAAUUCACUUGUCCAAGAUUUGAUGAGGACAAGAAGGGUAUAUGUGGCACAAAAUUCUCUUAUCAGGAUUUGUCUCAUACCAUCCCACUAACGCCAUCACUGAAGGAAUUCUUUGAAGAGAGAAUCGGGGAGUUAUCCGCAGCAAGGUUCUGUGACUUUAAACCUUGUCCAGGAUGCAAUUCGAAAGUGGAGAGAGCUGAUAAGAUGAACCUGUGUGUCCACUGUACCAUAUGCACUGCCAGGCUGGGAUACUCCUAUGAGUUCUGCUGGAACUGCAGCAGGAAAUGGGAAGGAGCAGCACAAAUUGCUGUGCGUUGUGGCGACAGUGACUGCAACAAGGCCAAGACAUUAAAAAAAAAAGAUUUGCUAAAAUUGUGUCAGCCUGCAUUCAAGACCCAAAAGCUUCAGACAGAAGAAAAACAGAUAUAUCCAACUAUGGAGAAGUCCAAAGACAGAAAGAGAAUAGCUAUGAUAAUCAACAAUGUUGAAUUCAGAGUAAGUGAGUUUAAUCGGCCGGGAGCAGAGAAGGAUGAAGAGAGCAUGAGGACUCUGCUUGAAGCCUUGGGUUAUGAUGUAAUCAUACUGAAUGACCUGUCUGCAGAGGGGAUGGAGGCUGCUGUGAGAGACUUCUCGCUAUGCAAUGAACACAGAUAUUCAGAUAGCACAUUUCUUGUAAUAAUGUCCCACGGUGGACCUGAUGGAAUUUAUGGCAUAGAUUAUGAUAAAAAUGAAGAUGACAUUUUCCUUGUGGACAAAAUCUUCCACUGCCUCAGUUCUGCGAAGUGCCCUGGACUAAGAGACAAGCCGAAAAUCAUCCUGAUUCAGGCUUGCAGAGGAGAUAAGGAUGGCCAUGUGUGGGUGUGUGAUGGUGUAAGGUCUAAUCAAGGAACAAAACAACAUCGCGAGAAAGAUUUUGCCUGCUUCAGAUCCUGCACACCAGACACUGUAUCCAUGAGAAAUACUGGCACUGGUUCAGUCUUUAUCCAGAACCUUGUGAAAAUCUUCAACGAUCACUGUCAUGAGGACGACAUAGUGGAACUGUUCAGAAAGGUUGCUUACUGGUUUGAAAAUGCAGCAAAGGAAAAGGAUAUUCCCUAUCAAAUGCCAAGUUUGGACAGAACCACCCUUGUCAAGAAAUUCUACCUGUUUCCUGGGCUUUGAUAUAAAAGUUCAGAUUACUGUCAUUGCUUUGAGCACUCUUCAAAAUAAGG